UCACAGGCCCCAACUGCCAACGCCGCACCAUCUCCUGAACCGGAGAAAAAGUCAAAGAAAAUCAUAUUGAAGCAACGAAAGGACUCAGUGACGCCCGCCGAAGAGCCUCGACGAUCGACCCGUGACCUGGUGGAGGCUCUCGAGGCGGUGUCUGCCUCGAACAGUCAGUCACCCUCACCUUACUCGUCGCCCGCCCAGCCUCGCCGUCAGCUGCAGUACGGACGUCGGGCACAGACGUCUCAGAUUGGCGACAGCAAGCCUCAGCAGCAGCCAGUGCCAAAAGCGAAGCCCACCUGGGGCCUGCGAGAGACGGUGGACAGUCUGGCGGACAGCUCGGGCAGUCCUCAGACGACCCCUCGCUGUCGGUCGCCGCUGACCAACUCCAUCAGCUCCACCCCACGUCAAUCGCACAGUCCCUCUCCGAGUCGCAACAGCGCCGACUCUGACGCCAGCUGCGCCUCUACUUCUCGCCCCAAGGUUUUCGGCCGUGUACCUCCGCGAAAGGUCUCGCUGAGUGGAAACGCCGCCAACAGUAACAGCACUUCCAGCAAUCAUUCGAAUGAGUUUCCUGUGGUUCCUUCUGCACCUUCCGUUUCGUCUGCAAAAUCAGCGGCACCUACUCCACUUUCUAGUUCUGUGACUGCAUCUUCAAAUACUUCUUCCGCUACAAAAACCAGAGAACCUCGUAAAUCAAAACUAGCCGUCUACGAGUCGUGCCAACCUGCAAGCUCUAAAGAAGUGGAAAAAGUCUCUCAGCCAGCCAGCCAGCCAGCAAGUGCUAAGCCUAGUAGCCAGCUAGCUAGUGCAAAACCCAGUAAUCAGCCAGAUAGUGCAAAAGCUAGUAGCCAGCCAACUAGUGCAAAGCCUAGUAACCAGCCGGUCAUCCCUGAACCUUCAGUCUCAUCAACUGCGUCAGACGAGCCUACUGAUGGCCUUCGAACAGGGUUUAAGAAAGUUCCACUAGGCGAAACAAAACAAAAAUCCACUAACCGAUCGGUCGAGGCACGGCGAAACCGAUCUGGUUUGAAUCGCUCCUCAACUGCAGAAAUCCUCAAACUCAUCAAAACUAAAUCGCGUGCUGAUUUUGGCAGAAGUAUGGAGACGGUUGAUGAAGACAUUGAAAUUGAUUAUCUUCUAAAUGAGUUGGAAAAAGAAGGCUUAGAUGCUAUUGACUGGGACUUGAUUGGAGUCAACGAGGAUGAGGUAAAAAAUAUUGUCGAGACAAACCGAGUAACAGAUGGCGAUGAUAACGGUAUUGAGGACGGAGAAAGUUCUGAGGAGUCAUCUGAAUCAUCCGAAGAGGAGAGCAGCUCAGAGGAGUCUUCGGACGAGGAAGAGGAAAUGCAACAUACGGUCUUUGCCAGUCCUGCUACCACCUCAAGCACUCAAGCCGCCAGUAGCAGCAGCAAUGGUCAGCCAGCGGCGCCAGUAAAGCACACGUCGGCCGCAGUCAUCAAGCUAGCCCCGCCGAAGCCUCAGCCUCAGCCAAAGCUAGAGGUAGAGGAAGAGGAGGAAGAGUCUAGCGAAGAGGAAGAAAGUGAAGAAGAGACUGAGGAAGAGACCGACUCCGACUAA